AUGCUCUUUAAAAUUGGUACUUCAAUUACCAUUGUGAUAGCCACAACCUUGCCGCUUUCCCCACUCGAACGCAGUUUAACUCAGGACGAUGCUAUUUUCUUCGGUCUUAAUGGCCAAGUGGAUGUAGUUCCUCGGACUGAAUUCGUACGCUACGCGAAAAGCCUGCCACUUGCCACGGAGGAGCAACACAUUUUCAAUGUUUCCACUCCGAGCUUAGAUAGCGCCGAAAACAAGCCCAGCCGAACUAUUACCUCUCGAUGUUCAAAAGAAACCGUAUGGGCUUUGAAUCCAGCGCACACAUUCGUCGGCUGGGAUGUCCUCAUGUCAAGCGUCGUCAAGGCGCCACCAAACAAUAGCAUCUCAAUCAACGUUGAGGAGGGCCACUGGAUCACAUCGAAACUUAGCGCCUCUUCUUCUACUACAACCAAGCUAAUAGAAAAAUUCUUAGCAGACGCCUUCAGUACCUCUUCCGAUGGCAGCUGGAGUACAUCACAUUCAACGACUUUUAGUUUCGAAGUACCAGCAGGAAAGUAUGGGGCAAUCGUCAGUAACCCUUUGACCACAGUACAUGAGGGCCAUGUGGACGUGGGCUGUAUAGGUCAGGCUGAGCGGACGGAAUUUGUGAGCCACACUUAUCAGAGUAGAGAUUAUUUCAACUUGAAAUGGGUAGAGGGCGUUAUUGGACUUUGUGUGGGUGAUACGCUUCCUCUGGCUCGAUGCUACGGCCCAGGGAGCCUGGGAGGAGUUGAAAGCGGGUAA